AUGGAGUCCACACAAGAGCUCAUAGAUACCUACCACCAGGGGUCCCUGAGACCCGAGACUUUACCUAUGGAGCGAAAAAUGAGCCCUGAGAAGACUGGGACCCCUUUUAGGUCCUCAUAUAGGCGUGGAAGCAGCGUUUCUCCACUGAAAAAAACGCGCAACGACUAUCAAGAUCAUAUUUUUCGCAUGAGAGGCAAAGAACGAGGCUCUGUGAGUGUCUCUGGGAGUCCUUUAAGACCACUCAACCGCGACUCACGCGCGGAUCUUACAGUAUACGACGCAUUUGACGAACCCAGUCCAUUUCGAGAUUCUGGAGCUGAUGUGUUUUCGAAAAUAAGCCGGGAUGGAAGCAGUGUUGAUCGAGAAAUCGACGAUUUCAUAGCACGAGAAGCGCAGUUUCUGGAUCAGCAAACCGAGUAUGUGUUAAGGGAUACUCAUAAAGUGAUCCAUAGUAUUCCAGACAGCAUCGUGGCUAGUGCAGAAGGUGAAAAGUAUUAUACUAUGUUGACGGCGUCUAUAAACAAACUUACGCGUGAAAUGGACAACUUGCGACACGAAAACAACCUCUUGCGAGAUCGUGACUACACCAGUGACUACAGAAUACGAGAAUUGGAGGCAAGAGUGAGCCAUCUCCAGAUGGAAAAUGGAAGGUUAGCUAGCCAACGGGUGACAGGAGUGGCCGAUUCUGCGGCCAAAAGAGCCAAUGAGCUAUUGAGGGCCAAGCUACUCAAGUACAAGCGGCUCAAUGACGAGUGUAGAAAGUGGCAUGGCGACAAGAGCUAUCGACUUGAGGGCUUGAUUGAGCAGCUCGAAGAAGCGAUGAAGAAUAGUGAAAAGCAAGACAAUCAACAAGACAAGACCAACCAAAAGAGCCACGACGGUAAGGGCCAACAGAAAUCCCAAGAUAAGCAGGAUGGUCAAGUUCAUCUCGAGUCGGUCCAGAUACCGUCUCCGCAACUGGAACCCGAUAGUAGUUUGUAUGAAAAAUUCGAGUCCGCUGCCAAAAAUGCGCUGGCACCUUCACUGGCUGGAUCCAAUGACAUGCUAGCCGCUCUCAACAUGAACAAUCGGCUUUACGAACGAUUAUUGGCGUUCCUCGACCAACAGGUGUCAGCCGCACCUCACCACGAGUGCAACGAAAACGUUCCUCCAUCGCAAUGCAGCGCCUGUACCAACCCUCCAGCAACAACCAACCCCGGCCACGAUACUAUGCAGCUCAUGGGGGAGUAUAAAUGGACUUUGGGAUAG